GUGUUCAAAAACAAGAUGAAGUUUUCUCUUAAAAGUUAAUAUUUUGUCGUUAGAUCGCGCUUCUAAAGGCACGAUCGCUAAGGGUGACAUAAUAUGGAUGAUUACGGAGCAGAAAAUGGCUGGGAAGAAGCUGCUCCACUCAGUCCAACUGAYGAUCGGCGAGAUCAUGAUACCUCGCUACAAGAUUUCCAGCAAAUUUUUGCCACAAARGAUUUUGUGAUGGAACCUGAUGUCUUUUCUCACAUAAGAAGAUACUUACUUAAUGCUGGUUCUCAUGAGGAACUUAUUCGCCUGUUAUCAGAAAAUUAUAGAGGAAUUGCACAGAGUGCAAACUUAUUGGCAAACUGGCUUAUACUUACAGGUGCUGAUGUACAUGAAGUUGAGCAAAUGGUAGAAGACCAUCUUAAAAUGCUGAUUAUAAAACACUUUGAUCCCAAAAGAGCUGAUUCUAUCUUCACAGAGGCUGGAGAGACACCGCCAUGGUUAGAGAGCAUGAUAACCCAUCCAACUUGGAGAUCAAUGUUUUACAAAUUAGCAGAACAAUAUCCUGAUUGCCUGAUGUUAAACUUCACAAUAAAAUUGAUAUCUGAUGCUGGUUAUCAAGGUGAAAUCACAAGUGUGUCUACGGCAUGUCAUCAAAUUGAGGUCUUUUCUCGUGUAUUAAAGACAUCUGUCACUGGGUUUCUGGAGGAAGGGGAAGUUAUGAUGGAUACCAAUCUACCAGAAUUUGCAAAAAUGGUGAAUCAUGGACAGCAUACAUAUUUGUACGCACAAUGUCUUCUGGCAUCAAUUUGCCAGGACAGUCUUAGAGGUGUGCAACUCAAACGAAUUGGACAAGAAGUACAGAAAAAAGCUGUUGAAAGGUAA